UUUAGCCAAAGUGACUAGCUCGAAUUCAUCCCCAAUUCAUCCUUAGUACAAUGCGAUUCCUGCUAAGGCUGACACGUCGAUUUCGCUCCGGCUGGCAGCGAAGUCUUCCCGCAAGUUUCCGCCGAGGAAAACUCCAUUCCCAGCUGGUUACGAUUUGUGUUUACGGGACAGUUUUCCUUAACAUACUUUACGGCGUUUAUCUCGGUCUCUUUUCCUUCAGGCGCAAAAAGUUUGUGUUUUCCAAAGGGGUUACUAUCUAUAGCUUAUGUGUGGCCACGUGUUUUGCACUGUUCUACAUCUGGAAUAUUUACAACGAAAUUUCCACCGGCCAGAUCAACCUUCGAAAUACUAUUGGAAUAUAUUGCUAUAUGAACGUUUGCGUUUGCCUGUUUAAUUAUGUGACACAAUGGGUAAAAACUUUGGAGAUAAUUCGAUUCCAGAACAGUGUUCCGCUGUUUAAGGUCCUCGAUUCGGUGGACAUUUCAGCGAUGAUUGUGUGGCGAGCAUUUGUGUAUAGCUUACUCAAGAUCGUGUUCUGUCCGCUUAUCGCCUAUGUAACCCUGAUUCUAUAUCAAAGACGCUCCCAUCCGGAAACUCAGUGGACGAGUUUGGCGACCGUGAAGACCAUGUUGCCGCUGAUUGUAUCGAACCAGAUUAAUAAUUGCUUCUUCGGCGGCCUGGUAAUUGCAAAUUUGGUGAUUGCCGCGCUAAAUCGAAAGUUGCACGGCAUUGUUAAGGAAUCCAAUAUGCUGCAGUCACCUGUUCAGAUGAAUCUCCAUAGGCCCUAUUACCGUAUGCGUCGCUUUUGCGAGUUGGCCGAUCUUUUGGAUGAGUUGGCCGAGAAGUAUGGCGUCACUGCCAGCCGCUCAAAGAAAUACCUUCAAUUCACGGACUGGUCCAUGGUGCUAUCGAUGCUAAUGAACCUUCUCGGCAUCACCAUGGGAUGCUACAAUCAGUAUUUGGCCAUUGCGGAUCACUACAUCAACGAGGAGCCUUUCGAUCUCUUCCAGGCCAUUGUGCUGCUGGUAUUUCUGGCUGUGCCCUUCCUGGAACUCGUCAUGGUGGCUCGGAUAAGUAACCAAACUCUCAUGGAGGUGAUUGCCAUCAUUUGUUUUAAUCUGAGAUUAAAUACUAAGAUCUUCUAUUUGCAGACCAGAAGAACUGGAGAACUCUUGCAGAGAUUCGAACUGCAGCACGCCGAUGCCCGUUUCAAGCAAGUGGUGAAUGCCUUCUGGCUACAGGUCGCCACCAUCGACUAUAAACUUAUGCCACUGGGCCUCCUGGAGCUGAACACCUCGCUGGUCAAUAAGGUUUUCUCGUCAGUCACUGGCAGCCUCCUGAUUCUCAUUCAAAGUGACUUGACCCUAAGGUUUUCUCUAAAAUAA